ACGGUUUACUUCUCCCCUGUCUUUCUUUGUUGCUGUUCUUCUUCGGCUCCUUCGUCGCUGUUCGACUUCGCUCCUCGAAGCCGCUCCCUUCCUGUUGGAUCGAAGUCACUACAUUUUGAUCGGAAGCAACGAUGGGAGCUCGCUCGCUGCGAAGGUAACUUUCUCCCUUUCGCGUGCUUCUUCGGCCAAAUCCCCUAAAUCCGCCGAAUCAGAGGAUUUCGGAAAUCCGGGAUUUACCACGAAAAGGGUUAAUUUUCCGUCUACGGAGGCUUUCAUUUGCCGUGAGAUUUGGUUUUGCAUUUUAGGCCGUUUGGCUGGAUUUAGCUCAAAUCCGGCAUUAAUCCUGCUACCAAACAGCCCCUGCGUGGCUGUCAUGGCUUCUACGCCGAUGAUCCUCGACCCGAAGCCCCCUCCGACGCCGGCAGAUCUUCCACCAGCGAGCUUUUCUGCUGUUCGGACGGACUCGAUCCUCUCUGGUGACGAGGAGGAGGAUCUAUAUGGCCGCCUCAAAUCCCUCCAGCGACAGCUCGAGUUCAUCAACAUCCAGGAAGAGUACGUCAAAGAUGAGCAUAAAAACCUCAAACGGGAGCUACUUCGGGCGCAGGAGGAGGUCAAGCGGAUCCAGUCCGUGCCACUCGUCAUCGGCCAGUUCAUGGAAAUGGUUGAUCAAAACAACGGCAUCGUCGGGUCAACCACUGGAUCAAAUUACUAUGUUCGAAUUCUCAGCACCAUUAACCGUGAGCUGCUUAAGCCGUCUGCGUCGGUUGCUCUCCACCGACAUUCUAAUGCCCUUGUCGACGUACUACCGCCUGAGGCCGAUUCCAGUAUUUCUCUCCUCAGCCAGUCGGAGAAACCAGACGUAACGUACAACGAUAUUGGUGGUUGUGAUAUUCAGAAACAGGAAAUUCGUGAAGCUGUCGAGUUACCCCUUACACAUCACGAAUUGUACAAGCAAAUAGGCAUUGACCCACCUAGAGGUGUUCUUCUUUAUGGUCCUCCUGGUACUGGGAAGACCAUGCUUGCUAAAGCUGUGGCUAAUCAUACAACUGCUGCUUUUAUUAGAGUUGUUGGCUCAGAGUUUGUUCAGAAGUACUUGGGUGAGGGACCGAGGAUGGUUCGGGAUGUAUUCCGCCUUGCUAAAGAGAAUGCACCUGCUAUUAUAUUUAUAGAUGAGGUGGAUGCCAUUGCUACUGCACGUUUUGAUGCACAAACUGGAGCAGAUAGGGAAGUUCAGCGUAUUCUUAUGGAACUCCUGAAUCAGAUGGAUGGUUUUGACCAAACAGUUAAUGUUAAAGUCAUAAUGGCAACUAACCGUGCUGACACUUUGGAUCCUGCCCUUAUACGUCCUGGUAGACUUGAUCGGAAAAUUGAGUUCCCUCUACCUGAUAGGCGGCAGAAAAGGCUUGUUUUUCAGGUCUGUACUGCUAAAAUGAAUCUUAGUGAUGAGGUUGAUUUGGAAGACUAUGUUUCUAGACCUGAUAAGAUUAGUGCAGCUGAGAUCGCAGCUAUUUGCCAGGAAGCUGGGAUGCAUGCAGUCCGCAAAAAUCGUUAUGUCAUCCUUCCCAAAGACUUCGAGAAAGGCUACCGAACUAAUGUGAAGAAACCUGACACAGACUUUGAUUUCUACAAGUAAAAGCCAUAUAGGGCACAUGGCUUCAUACUUAAUGGAAGGGGUUAGUCUAAGAAUACAUCAUUCUGUUUUGUCAAGUCUUAGACAUUUGAAUUGAUUUUGGUUGAAUUGACAGGAAGCGUUGUUACUGUACUCAGAAUUUUAUCACACAGUUUUUUAUGCUUCGAAA